AUGUCCCAAAAACUUCAUACCCUCCUAAAAACCGCCCUCGUCCUCUCAGAGCAAUUCCAAACAACACUUGACACAACCCCGCCAGCAUCACAAAAUGCCACAACAACCACCACAGAUGGAGCGCAAACCGCAGACCCGUUAGAAAUCUUAGCCAACAGUUCAAAAUCUCUCAGGGCGCAAGUUACAAAGCUGUCACUGCUAGCGAUCACGGCGCCUUUUACGCCAUCCGCGAUAUCGACUUGUCUGACAUCCGUGAAUGAUUCUGUGAUGCCGUCGAUGGUCACGGCUGCACUAUUGUUAACGCCAGUCGAAUACACGAAAGCAUUUUCGACGGAGGCACGUAUACUCGUGAAAACGGGACUCAAGGAAUUCGCAGUGUUGAUUCAGGAAAUCACCAAUAUCGCUCAUGAAUUCGACCCUUCCUUCCCGCCCAAGAGUGGCGAGCAGUCGGAAACUAAAAAGAAGGAACUCUCCAAAGAGGAAAAGGAUGCUCUUACCUCUCAAACGGGACGGGUAUGGGAUGUCUGUGAUACGAUCAUGACACUGGUUUCCCAGGGUGUUGUGGGCCACGUCGCGAAACGAGUACAGCAGUGGCAUGACCUCGUCAAAGAUGCGAUCAGCGAGUUGGAGGAAUGGGACCCUGAAGAUGAAGACGAUGGCGGGUUUGAGGAGUUGAUGGGCAGCGAUGACGAUGACGAUUCAGAAACAGAAAAUGCAGACGAAGACGGAGAUGACAGCAAAGAUGUCGAAGCGCUUGAAACGCAGAAGAAGUCACUCCUUCGUGCGCUCAAACCUAUUGCUCAGAUCUAUCCGGCUAUAGUCACGAAUCGAGUUAAAAAGGGCGGUUUAGCCGUGAAUAAUUCACAACAAAUCGCAAAACUGGAAUCUCUCACAGCAAAUUUGCAGAGUAUACCGGAUCAUGUCGAUGAGGCUGCUGGGUCGUUGUAUGAGCACAAUCUGGAUGAUUGUGUAAAGUACUUGAAGUUGGCGAAGAGCACAGCUGAGAAGGCGAUUGAUGUAGUCGUUUUCCCGUGGGGAGAGCAGCAGCAGGAGGAUAAAUUUACGGUUUGGUCGAGGACGUGGAGGAAAGUGAUGGGUGAUGUGAUUAGUGAUCGUCAACCAUAG